ACGGGCUGAAGAAGGCGUUUCUGGAGAAGAGCCCUGAGCUGUCCUCGCUCCGCCACGCGCUGUCGCUCUACACUCAGACAACAGACACGCUCAUCAAGACCUUUGUCACCUCCCAGCACGCACAAGUGCACAAUGGGAAGGGUAUUAGGUUAACACCCAAUGAAAAAAUUCAGCCCAGCAGGGGUUCAGGCGUGGACAAGCCGAUUGGCGAGGUGUCUGUCCAGGUUGAGUUGUACACUCAUCCCGGGAAUGGCGAGCGAAAGGUCACCGUCAAAGUCAUGGGAGCCAGCGAUUUAAAAUGGCAGACGUCUGGCAUGUUCCGACCCUUCGUGGAGACCACCAUGAUCGGGCCUCACCUCAGCGACAAGAAACGCAAGUUCCAGACCAAGUCCAAGAACAACAGCUGGUCUCCAAAGUUCAACGAGACCUUCCACUUUGCUCUGGGCAACCAGGACAACUUCGAGUGCUACGAGCUGCAGGUCUGCGUCAAAGAUUACUGCUUCGGCCGCGCCGACCGAGUGGUGGGCUUGGCCGUCAUACAGCUGAGGGACAUCAUGGAAAAGGGCAACUGCGCCUGCUGGUGUCCGCUGGGCCAGCGCAUCCACAUGGACGACACCGGCCUCACCGCCAUGCGGAUCCUCUCCCAGCGCUCCAACGACGACGUGGCCAAGGAGUUUGUGAGGCUGAAGUCGGAAACGCGAUCGGCCGAGGAGGGCAGAUGAGAGGAGGAGGGCUGGAGACGGAGAGAGAGAAAGGAAGGAGGGCCACCGAAUUUCAGAAUAAGAGACACAUCCAGGGAAUCAUCUUCCUGCAUCCGACCACACGGACACUUGUUCGUGUCUGAGCUGCUGACGCCUCGCUCGCUCGCUCGCUCGCACUCGGACAAACGCUCUCAAACAUUAAUGACAGAGCUCCACCACACAGACACAAGCUCACUCAACCUUUCUCACUCACCAGCUGUUCCACCAGGAAGUGACCACCCACCCGGUCACUCUCUUUUUAACCCCCCACCCUUCCCCCGUCCUACAACGCUGCAGUGGCACAGUGCGCACGCCACGGCCUCAAGGGAACAGAGGACGCCGGCCAGGCCCCCCCCCCCCUACUAGAGGGCCGAACAAGUUCCCCCACCUUCCGAGUGUUGUUGUGCAAUAACCACCACCACCACCUAACCCCCCCACCCCCCCCCUCAAAGCGUGGCCAUGUGUUUGAUGCCUUACACUCAAAACUGUGAAUGUGUGAAGUCCGUAGCUUCACUGUGACGGUCUGAGUAAAUGUGAAAAUACACCGAAUGGUUUGUGAGAGAAAAGACGAAGAAACAUUUUACUGGUUAAUCACGUAAAGUUUGGAGAGAAGGUACUAAAAGUAAUAACCCUUAAUGUUCCCCCUUCGUUCAAAGUAUUGAUGUGUGCCUUCUCACGUUAGGUUUCCACUCCUUUUUUAACCUUUUAGGAGAAACAGUAACUUAUCAACCGUUUGUAACUUUUUAACGCCGUAAAAUCAACAACGACAAGGUUUAAAUCAAUUUUAAAUGAAAGUGUGUGUUGAAGCCUCGUUUUUGUUCAUAUUUAUUUAUGAGCUCGUCUAACAACUCGUGGCUCACGUGGCCUAUAGUCCAACCAUGAUGGUGCAGCCAUUUUAUUUAUUUUUUUUAUAUGUAUUUAUUGACGUCUGUGUGUUUUCUGCGGUUUAAAAGUGUUGUUUACUUUCGUUUGCACAAUCGGAAAGAGCAGAUUCCUUUUUCUUUCUUUCUUUUUAUGAGAUGAGUUGACGCGGACGCUCGCAUCUUGAAGUUACAACCUGAUGUUUGUUGUGAAGUUAAAUGAAAGACAGAACCGUCAGGUAACUUUUUCUUUUUUUUUUUCUCAUCAAAAUGGGAAAUAGGGAAAACUGACAUUCCGCAAUUUUAAGGAAAGAGGAAAACAUAAUCCUGGAUCGGCUCGUUUUGUCUGGAUCCAUGCCAAAGUUGAAUGGGUUCUAUCUCGUGUGGCCUUACUUUGGUGAGAAAACAAACUCAGUGUGUGUGUUUGAAAUCCUCAUUUUGUUUUUUUUUAUGUAUUUCCUCUGAGGUUCGGCCACUUUUUUGCCCACGAUGAUGUCAAACGUGUUUUCCAAGUGAUGCUCCUUACGUAGUAUUUUAUUUUCUAAUCUUUGCCGUUGCAAACACUGUAAUUAUUAUACGUAGGCUGGGGUUUUUUUUUUGUAAAUAUUCCCCUCGUUGUAAGAUGUGUGUGUUUGUACGGACAGAGAUAAUAUGCAGUGCAACGUGUGCCAGUGAAUUUGUUCCUAAACGAUGGAGAAAUAUUAAAAUGUUCUACUUAAUGAAGGAUGGAUGUUGUGUUAAUACGAGAAGCUCGGUGUGUGCACAUUUCUGAACCAAUCACACUCUCUUUGUUACGCUUCCCUGACCCGUGUGAAUAAUUUCUUAUUUGCAAAUAUGUCAUAGCCACUCUGUAAAAUACACAACCCUCGUGCCAAGAUGUUCACUUUUAUUUAUUAUUUUUGUUAAUUUCUGUAUUUUAUUAAUUUGUUAACCCAUGCACUAAAUCACUGCGAUAUUCUACAGGUUCAGUCUAACACAGUAACUGCUUUUUUUCGUGGUGUUUUUCUUUGUAUCGUCACUGCUUUGAAAUGUUGUUGUCAUCAUGUAAACACUUGAUUCAUGAAUUUUGUAUAAAGUAU